GUUGAGGGCCUGAGCUGGAGCAAGCGGCCCGCGGUUUCACACCGCAUCAUAGGAAUAAAAGGUAACAAGAAGAAAUUGAAUUCAGUGCCAAGCCUUUCCGCCAAUGCGGCAUUGGAUAAGAACAUCGGCAAAGAAAAGCUCGGCCGCAUGAAACAAAAGGCUUUCUGCCGUGGGGCCAUCUACACUUUGGUUUUUCUGGCAAUUCACAUUGGCGUUGCCCCUGUAGCAACCAUUUUUGGGUACAUUGGUGCACCACAACAGGCGAGGCUUUCCCACGACUUUGACAACCUCAGCUCGGAGUUUCGACAUCGGCUUCAACUUGCUUGGACGCCAACUCGUGGUCGCAUACCCGGUCCCAAGUCCGGGCGUCGCUGGACGUUCUGUUGGACACUACUGGUUGGUGUUCUGACAGUGCUUGUGUUCACAAUUCUGACUGGCGACGGGGGUGAGGGUUGUAGUCAAUCCAUGGUGACUACUGAAGCACCUUCUCCACCAUGGCUUCAGGACCUUCCUACAUUAGGUGCGAAGCGACAUGGAACGCGGCCUUUAGCAACCUCAGAACUUCUGAGAUGGGCGCCCAAGGACAAAUCCAUCAAGAAGAGAAGCAUCAAACGAGCCUUUCGCCGUGCAUGCCGCGAUGGCAUUUGCUGGUAUCGGGGACACAAAUUCACUCCUUCGGACUUUCCGGCUCAGCUGCAAGUGCCUGAAACAGUACCUCCGACACCUUCUCGUCUGACACCGUCAGGACAUCGAGACUUGCAACAAUACAAUGGCAAACAUCAGAGCCGUCGACGCCUUCAGUUUCUUUCCUGGAACGCGGCUGGGCUUUCGCAGUCUAAGCUGGAUGAAAUCCGUCUCUGGGCAUUGGACCAGAACAUCUCAGCACUGGCAUUAUUGGAAACAAGAUGGAGCUGGUCAGGAGAGUGGCAGGACGAACAUUGGCAGUAUGUGCACUCUGGUGACCCCAAAUCUCGGGGCUGUGGUAUUUUAAUCAUGAUAUGCCGCAAGCUGAGCGCAGAUCUUCGCUGGCGAGAAUGUAUGCCAGGCCGAUUGGUUCAUGUCCAGCUACGGCUAUCUCCGAGAUAUUUGGAUUUCCUGGCUUGCUACCAAUUUUGCUUCCAGGCCAACACUGCCAGACAAACAGACCGGCUUCGUUGGUGGGAGUGCUUUGAAUCUGUCCUGAGCCAUCUGGCUACUCGACAUGUUUUGGCGAUUGCUGGCGAUUUCAACUGCUCCCUGCCGACGACCACCCCGCAGGACAAUAGCACCUGGCGGGAUUUCAUGCAACAGACUGUGGACACGGCCUGUGCUUACAUGUUUCGUGCACUGACCAAGCUGCAGCACAGUACGCCUUUUUCUGAGCAGGAUGUGAGACAGGCAUUAGAGAGCAUUCCCAUUUCCAAAGCCAUAGCUCCAGGUUUUGUGCCGGGUGCCAUUUGGAGGGCCCUUGCUCCUCAUGUGGCUAGGUCUUUGGUUUCAUCACAACGAUCUACCCCCUUCAAGAGAGCAUCUCAUCAUGCCCGCUACAAACUCUGUGGUGGUAUCCAGCUCCUGGUGGACAUGAGUCGUGCCUUUGAUUCCAUUGAGCGAAAUCGACUGUUUGACCGGCUACAUGAACUGGGGGUGCGUAAAGAGGUUGUCAAACUUUUGACGUCUUGGCACAGUGAAACCAGCUACAUGAUCCAAACAGGCGAUGCCACCACCCAAAUUCCUGUGGAGCGGGGCCUGCGUCAGGGCUGCAAAGCGGCCCCCUGGUUGUGGAACUCGACCAUGGCCUUGAUCCUGACUGACCUUGUUGACCUCAUUGAUCGUUCCUGGUUACAAUCCAACAUCAAUUUGUACGCUGAUGAUAUUCAGGCUGGCGAUAUUUUUCAUUCAGAAGAUGAAUUGAUGAACAUUCUCCACAAGUUUGCCAUCAUACUUUCGAUGUUGCAAUCGUAUGGACUCUUGAUCAAUGAGAACAAAUCCAUGAUUCUUUUAACCAUGACAGGGACCUCACAACAACAGGUCAGGCACAGACUUUUUGUGCGACGCAGCAGCGGUCACUCCUUGCAACUCUCGUUUGGUGACAAUCGCUUCACCAUUCCGGUGACUGACAGUGCAAAAUAUUUGGGUGUUGUGAUCAGCUAUGGGUCAUUGGAAGACCACACCAUCAGGCAUCGAGUUCAACUUGCCACUGUCGCAUUUAAAAGGCUUCAGAUUUGGUUCACAGGACGUCGAGGACUGGCCAUGAAAGACAAACUCCGAUUGUGGCAUACCUGUGUUUUACCUAUUGCAACAUAUGGCAUUUUCAGCACAGGGAUCACCACUAAAGGGGCCAAACUUCUCAAUCAAACCUUUACGGUGAUGUUGCGCAAGAUCCUCAUGGACCACUCAUACCUCACUCGACAUUGCAACAGCCAUGUUUUUCAGCUCCAUGACAUUGAUCCUCCUUACUUUGUGCUAUGGCGCUCUGCUGAACGUCUGAAGUGGUCUGUCACUCAGCGAUGUCUUAGACUACGUCCUCAUGACCUGGUUCAACAGCUUCGAUGGGACCAUUUACAGGACAUUCAGACCUUAUUCUUGACUCUACAUGAGGCUGGACCCAAGCAGCAUCCCUUGGCCCCAACCCUCGAGGCCACAGUACUCCGUGCACACCCUGAACAAGCUGGCUUGCCUGGGGCUACUGCUCUGAUGCCGCUGCUUCCUACCAGAUUGGUCAAUUCUCGAUCUGAUGAAGCCAUGCGAGGCAGGGCACAGGAGAUGCACAAGCAUCUACGACUUUUUCAUGCGGCCUAUUGGCCGAUGGUGAUGGCCAAGAGCACUCAGCUCACAAAUCUCUAUGCGGAGGUCGAGAUUCUAUCGAUGGGAGCUCAGGCUGCGCUCACUGUGGCAUUGAGUCCCUCGAUUCCCAAAGAGUUGCGUUUUGCCUUGGAAAGGGCAUUGAUCUCACGAGAUCUUGAGACGUUGCUGACUCAACAUGCUCUGACGCAGCAGAUGGCAGGUAUUUGUCUUUUUUGUGGACAGCGGCUCACUGCCCAGUUGCUCUCCAGCUGGCUCUUGUCCUUUGCCGGGCAUUCAACAAUGGAGGACACCACCAUGACAGAGGGUUUGGAGGCUUCAGCACAGAUCCUCCAAUCCUUUCAGCAUUUGGCACCGCUCCUCGGCGUCAAACUGGACAAGGAUCUGACCCUGGCGCCAAAUCCCGCCCUUCCAAAACGCCCACGCAAGGACGUCGUGCCAAAGGGAAAAGGGCGUCAUGUGAAGCAGGAGACCGAGAUGGAUCAGAGCCAACUUUGCGCGACGGUCCUUCUGAUGGCCAAACUUCUGGUCAGGCACGACCAGCAGAUCGAGGCGGUGAGGCGCGAGGACACAUUCAUCUUCUUCUUCAACAAUCAGGCGCCAACAGGAUCCCUGAAGUGCCUGCUGGCCGCGGCGGAAACCUGGCACUCACAGAGCCAGACCCGGCAGACACCGUGGCAACCGCUUCGGCAGAGACUCCUGCAAGUGCUGCUGAAGGACCUGCUGGCCCGCCUGACACAAUUGGGAGAGGCACCACAGGACUCUCCUCUGGUUCAGGCCGCCCAGAUGAACAAGGUGAUCCUGCCGGACAUGACAUGCCCAUACCUCGACUGGGAUCCAGCACAGAAACAACUGCAGGUCUCCAAGCGGCCUCCGAUCUCCCUGAAGAAGAUGGUUCAGAACAUUCAAGAGCUCCAAGAGAUGAGCACAGAAACGACGUUGGUCCAAGCGCUUCAUGCCCUGCCGCAGUCGGGGGACAUCACCCCUUGGCGCCUUCAAUUGAGCCUGAGAGCCGACAGGGAGUAUUGGCUGAUGCGGGCUCUUUGCGGCUCGAGCAUCUGGGUUCUCAUGGCGGCCAGUCUCAAAGCUCACAGUCUACAUCAGUCCAGUCUGGCAAAUCAGUUGAGCAAGGACUUGACCUUUGAACGUGAGAUGCUGCUUGACAUGGUUGCUCAUGCUCGCUUUGCCAAUGUGGACAAUUGGUGCUUUGCAAAUUCGGCAGUGCUCUCACUUCUGUGGACGACGAUGAGCGUCAGGGAGUGCACACUUUCUUUUUGGGGCUUGCAUUGCAACACUUUAUUUGACUUUGUCCACAAGCUCCAUUCACAACCAGGCGUUUUGUCACAGGAAACAUGGUUCAAUGAAGUCUUGCAAUGCUGGGGACGUCAUGACCCGGAAAAUCCGGGGCACAUAUCUCAACAGGAUGCCGCUGAAUUUAUCAGCACCUGGCUCCAUGCCAUGCAGAGCCCGGCUUUCGACAUGCGAUGGGAAAGACGCAUUGAAGCAGAUAGCAUUGUCCAUAAGGUUGAUGAGAGUGCUUCUUCUUUGCCACUCUUUCUGCAAUUUGCUCCUAUCCAUGUUCAUUUGCCUCGAUGUGCAUUGUCUGACUUGGUCCAGGUAUGGCAUUUGGCUGACGGCAUGAAGGCUGCGUUGCUGGCUUCCACCACAUGCAUUUGCGUGCACAUUGAUCGGUGUGUUCAGGACCCUCAAACUUCUGGAGUUGGUCGAUGCAUGACGAUUAUUGAUCCAGAAGUUGAUUGUCUUUUCCCAAUCUUUCUGGACAAGACGAUUGCAUGUGGUUUGAUUGAAUACACCAUCAUUGCCAUGCAGGCUCACUUGGGUGGAGAUGCACAUGGCCACUAUCGCACUGCUGUACGAAUCCACCCUACGGUGACCCAAGGCCCAGCUCCUUCUAACUGGCUUCUCUGUGAUGACUGGCAGCAACCAGUUCCAGUGUGGAACCUUCCGGACUGGUUGCUUCGAACCUGCACUGUUUUGUGGCUAGUCCGUAGUGACAGCUUACAGAUGCACCACUAUGCUGACUCGGUGCAACAGGCUGGGGAUACCAAAUCAAUUGAUGCCAUGCUCGCGCCAUUUUGGCCAUACCCAGCAAGUGACCUUGAUGUGGUCUCCCAGAUGAGGUGGAUCGCGAAGCCUUCGAACUGCAGCAUAAAGGUUCUCAAGGACAAGCAAAAGGAGAACCUACGCAUGCACGCAACAGAGAAGGACAGUCGAAAGUUGCAGGGAGCUCGUUUCAAGAUCAAAGACGAAAUGAGGCUGAGCCGACAAAGCCCCACCGGCGAAGAGAAGCAGAGCGGCGUGAA